CUCCCGGGCCCGGCGUGCGCCGCCGCUGCCCCGCUGCAUGCUGCACCGGAGGAGCUCCGCGCCGGGGGCUGCCCCGCGGUACAUGGGAUGAAGGGAGCCUGACAGCUGUCUGGAGAGGAGAGCCCAGCCACUGUGGAGCUGCCCACCAUGAGCAGGACACUGCUGGCAGGCAGGAUGCAGCCAGAGAUCCGGAGCGUCUGCGUCUUCCUGCCCACUCGCGAGCAGCUCAGCCUGGCCGUCGGGGUCAAAGCCACUGGACAGGAGCUCUUUCAGCAAGUUUGUGAUUUAGUGAAGAUUAAAGAGCCUCACUUCUUUGGCCUCAGCAUUGUUAAAAAUAAUGAAUAUGUUUUUAUAGACCUGGAGCAGAAGCUUAGCAAAUACUUUUCAAAGGAAUGGAAGAAAGAGACCAAAGUAAGAGAAGGGACAGAGAAAUUCAGCCCUCCAUUUGUUGCAUUCUUUAGAGUACAAUACUAUGUAGAAAAUGGAAGAGUAAUAGGCGAUAAGGUGGCACGGCAGCUCUACUACUGCCAUCUCAAAGAGCAAGUACUUAUGUCUCAUUGCAACCACAAAGAAGAGAUCUACUUCUUGCUGGCUGCCUACAGCUUACAGGCAGACUUGGGCAACUACAGAGAGAAGGUCCAUGCUGGCAAAUAUUUUGAACCUCAGGCUUAUUUCCCACAAUGGAUAAUUGCAAAGAGGGGGAGCGACUACAUCUUGAAACAUGCCCCAGAGAUGCACCGAGAACAACAAGGGCUGAGUGCUAAGGAAGCAGUGCUGAAGUUCAUUAAGGAAUCCUGCCUGCUGGAAGAUGUGCCCGUCCAUUUCUACAGGCUGCAGAAGGAUAAGAAGGAGGAUCGACCGACAGUUAUCCUGGGCCUGACCCUGAGAGGAAUGCACAUCUAUCAGGAGGUGAAUCACGUUCGCCAGCUCCUCUACGACUUCCCCUGGUCACACAUCGGGAAGCUGGCCUUUCUGGGGAAAAAAUUUGAAAUCCAGCCAGAUGGUUUGCCCUCUGCACGGAAACUGGUUUACUACACGGGCUGCCCCUUCAGGUCACGCCACUUGCUGCAGCUACUCAGCAACAGCCACCGGCUCUUUCUGAAUAUUCAGCCAGUUUUGAAGCAGAUCCAAAAACUGGAGGAGGCUGAAGAGAAGAAGCGCUACCGGGAGUCCUAUAUCAGUGACACUCUGGACAUGGACCUGGACCCGUGUGACAAGAACUCCCGUGGCAGCGGGAGCAGCGGGGGCAGCCACAGGGAUAACCGCCUCUCGCGCCACUCCACAGGGAGUCACGGCAGCUCCCACACCUCGGGCAUCGAGGCUGACUCCAGGCACCGUGUGUCCGUGGAAAUGUCGGUGGAUGAGCCCUUCAGCAUUGACCGGGUGCACAGGAAAGAGAAAUCAUGCAGCUCAACCAUCAGCUACGGUAGCUCUGGCAUUGACAGUGGCAGCAAAGGGCGGGCUGAAGAUGACACUCAGGAUGAUGAGCUUGAGCUGGCAGUAGAUGAGCCAGAGGAGAUGCCUGUAGAUGAGCCUUUAGAGGGAGACCAGUUAGAGGAGGCCACUGUGGGAGAAUCUGUUGAAUCCCUGCCUCUAGAUGCUGCUAGCUGCCAAGCUAUAAAUCAGGAAUCUCUGUCUGUGGUGCAAGUCACACUAAUCAAAAUGAGAGGCCAAAGUGUGGAAUCCCUUCACCAGGUCAGAUCGCCCAAAAGCCGGAGCUGCAUGGACCAGCACAGCCAGAGUUUGGAUGACAUCCGCUUGUACAAGCGCCAGCACCCAUCACUAAGUGCCACGCUGUCUUCAGACACCUCCCACAGCUACACCUUCGGCUGCAGCCUCGAGGAUAAGCUGUCUGUCUACGGCUGCGUGUAUUCCACAGCGGACUGCAAAACCAAGUCUGCCCUUUACGGGAAGCGAUCCAUGAACUGCCUCUCCUUGGAUCUUCUGGGAGAGGACCAGCUCCCAGAGGAGUUUGUGGUGUAAGGAGAUUGGAGCUCUUCCAUGCCAUGAAACAGCUCAUCAUGGAAAUAUAUACCUCAUUAACGCAUGUGAUGUCAUGCUGGUUCUUGCAGGAGAUGGUGAGAAGCUUUGUUAUUCAGCUCCGUAUCAGUAAGUGGCAUCACAUCUGCAGACCUGGCUACAGGGCAAAUCAACUGGAGUGUAGCACUUAACACUGGCAUUGGUAGUGUCUGUCUGAGCAGAAAAUGGAAGUGGCCUGCACCCUUGGCAGUGACACAACCAACAUAAAAACCAAAAACAGUGGACCAAAACUGACACUGCACUAGUAAAGCAAACUGUGUCUAAAUGGAUUAAUCACAAAUUUAAAGUCUAUGUCAUGUUCCUAUCUUUCUCUUGUGGUCCAUGUCUCUUAAUUUUAGUGUAUAGAUAGUUUGGUUGUCUUCAGUUUGUGCUGCUGCAACAUUGCCAGCAGCUGUCAGGCCAGAAUAUACUCUGAGCACAUUUGGAGGGCUAUGUAUGGAAGUGUCUGGCCUGCUUCAGUUGUAAUUAACACGAGUUGCUCAUUUGCUGCACUGGGAGCAAGACCUGCUCUGCCAGGAGUUUCUUCUUUUGUUGUUGUUGUUGUUACUUUGUUGUAAGCAUCCAGCCAAAUACAAUGUGUGGUUUUUUUUUUUUUAAUUUUUCUUUAUUGCAACAAAUGGAACUGACUGACAGCUGUCUACCACUGCUGUGAUACAGAUUGGCAUUAUAUCCUUGGGGAGAUAGGGAGGAGAUAAAGCAAAUUACUUGCCUGCUUUUGAGAGUACAGAGGGCAAGAGCAUUAACUGACUGGCUUUUGAAGAGAGGAGUGUGACUGGAGAAUUUGUCCAGGCAUGAUCACCCCUUACUUAGAUUGAUACUUUAAUGUUGUUCUUUUCUUUCUUUUUUUAAUAAAUCUGUUCCUUAUACUUUUUUCCCUCUGCUUAGGAGGCAAGUAGGGACUGGAGAAAGUCACUUUGCAAGGACAGACAGAGUGACUGUGUUGUACUUAGUCAGGGAUAGGUCAUGCAAAUAUGUGUGUGUGGUGCUGCAGGGCUGAUAGUGGAAGCAUAGGGUGUUUGUGUGCCAGACCAAGGGUACUUGUUUGGUGAUCUUGAGAGUGGUGAAUCUGGCUGGGCUGGCUCUCACUAGGGAAAUAAUCAUAAUUAUGCUGGUUGAUUCAAGAAUUUAGUGUGGAAAACAUCCUGCUAUCUUGUUACAUACAAAUAAAUUUAUGUUUGAUUUCUUCCCCUCACCAAUUCUUAGCAUUGGGAAGCUUGUGCUUGAAGGCCCAGCUUUGUGCCCAGCUUUUGACAGCUGUGUGUUCUGGCAAAUUCUAGAAGCAGAGGAAUACUAUUCUGCUGGUUGGGAAAGUGUGUGUUGUGCAGUGUUGGUCAUCAAAAGCUGAAGAUAACCUAAUUCAGGUAAGGAAGGAAGCCAGACUAUGACAAGGAAGGUUUGAGCUGCUUUUUGAUGGUGGGCUUGCAAGCUCAGUAGCUGUCUGGUAAAUUGCAUUCCCGUAAGUCUUUAAGGAACAAAUCCAUGAAGUCCAUCAUCUUGCUACUUCUGAGUGCAAUGCAGAGACAGACCAUGCAGGUGCAUCUGCAUUUACUGAAGUGGGAUCAGCUGCUUUACAUCCUCUGAGAUGAAUCCAGUGUCAAACCCAAGCUGGGUGCACUGUAGCCAUGACUUAAUCGACUGUGCCCUUUUAGAUCACACUGUUCUUUCCUUUUGUAAUGAACAAUUAAGAGCUGUGUGUUCACUGUAGCCUCUUUUCCCAUGUUCCAAACAAAGCCAAAAUGCCUUUGCAUACUUGAGGUAUGUUUACUGCAUCAAAAAUAAAUUCUUCUAAGUGCAUCUAAAUGGGUAAAGGGAAUCUGGCUGGCUGCUCUUGAACAGUCCAAUCAAGCCUCCCACUGUCAGUCACUCAUUCCCUGUUACCUGGAUCCUGUUUGGCCAUAAGCCAUGGGAGAUGGGCCUGGCCAGGAUCCAGGAGGCUGUAGUACAGGGAGCAGCCUUGCAGGCGUGCAGGAGCCUUGCUCUUGCAGCCACCAGAGAGCUGGAGGGGUGGCUCUUACUGCAGCAGUGCCUGUCCAUGAAAAAGGUCAGGGGGAGGUCAGGAAUGAGGGCCCCACUAACCUGUUGCUCUCCCACCCUUGCAGAUGUACAGUUGCUUGUGCUUCUGGAAAUGGUUGUUAACAGGAAAAAAAGGUCAAAAUUCAGUCAGUAUAGUUGUUUGAAAAGUGUCAUAAAAUGUAUGUGCACCAUGUGCAUACUUCUCUCAAAGACAAUCACAUCCGUAUCUGCUUCAGCAUAACCACAUCACGAAGUGUUUAUUGCCACUGGGCAGCUCACUGUUCUGGUUUUGCAGUUAGCAGGCAUCCAAAGGAUUUGGUGAAGCGCUGUAAUCCUGCUGACUCUGGUUACAAAAUGCACCAAUGCCUGAAAACAGUGUAGCCGACUCUUGCAUGUGCAUCCACUGCUUGUACAUUCCAGGGGGAUUCUUGUAUUUAUUCAUGGCUGGUGGGGAAGGCAAACUGCAGGUCUGACAGUCUUCUCUCCAUGGUCUGUGCAGUUCCCUCCACUACUGUAAGUGACAUAUGCGUAUGAAGGGCAGACCAGACACUUUUGUGUAUAGACUGAGAAUGAAUCAAUAUCUUAUGAGCACUGUGAAUAUCUAUUAUGCAACUUUUGUAUUCGUAUAAAAAGAAAACAAAACAAAACCACCUGCUUCUGUUAGUAAUACAUUUAUUUUUUGUUUGGAUUUAGAAGAUCUCUUAUUUUGGGGUUUGAUAGUUUGAUAGAUGUUAGUGUAUAAGCAUUUAUCAGCUGAUGUUAGAAACUAGUUGCCAAUAUUUGUACAUAUUUGUAAAAUAUUCCUGUUAUAAUCACUCUAUUUUAAUGGUAAAAGUUUCUCCUUUCCAUGAAAGGAUUUUCUUGUUUAAAAUAAAAUAUAAAUAAUUAUAUGUACACCUGCAAUAAAGUAUGGAUAGAAAAAAAGGUAAUUGUGUAGCUUUUUUGUGUGCAAGGAGUACUGUGUCUUCCAUUUGAGAUGGGUUGUAGAAAUUAAUUUGCUGCCAGACUAAUCCGUAUGAGCUCAGUUUAUGAUGACAAAGCCAGAGGCACUGCAGUCACUGGAACAACUCCUGUUGCUCCUUGCUAUUCUCAGUAGCACAAUGCCAAAGGGCCUUUGUCAGGUAUUAAAAACAGAGCUGAGCAGGUUGGAGUCAGCGGGACACUAAAAGGGGCUGAAUUUGUCUGAAGAGACAAGUUAAGCUGCUUGAGGUGGUUAGUCAAGAAAACCAAGUGUGUGAACUCCCAAGGCUGUAGAGAGAUCCUGUCAGCAUCCUCCCGGGGGCUGCAUCCAAGGACAGCUGCCAGCCCACGGGAUGCAAAGUGCUCUGAAGAGCACUCCACCAAAGUCACCUAACCUGCUGGCCUGGAGUCUGGUAUGGAGAAAGUAAAGUUUUCUUUUCUUGGGUCAUAAAUCUAUGAAGGAGAUCUGUAUCUGGAUCUCUUCUUGAGGAAGCUUGCUCAAUGGGAGCCUCUUCUAAAUGUUUUUGCCCUUUUCUCUGGAAGAAAUUUACUUUUUAUGUACUUUGAUAUUGCAGUGCUGCCCUUCUUCUUAAGAUUUCCAUUAUUGUACUUCAUAUUUUUUUCCAGUACCUGCUAUGUUUCCAGUAUACAAAUUUUCAAAGACUUUAGAAACUCAUCCAACUUUGGCUUGGGGAUGCUGGAAGAAGGUGAUUUGAUUAUACAUGGAGCCUUGUAUGGAGAAAAAACUAAAUAACAGAUCAACAUUAAAUUACACAAAUUUGAAGGAUUUGGUCACUUCUCUUUGUUUCUUUGCUUGACAAGUAAUAGCACUUUCUUGCCCUCUAGGAUGGACUGCUGCUGACCAAAAUGUAUGAAAUGAGUCUGUCUCAGAAGAUGAGGCUUCUCACGGUGCCAGUAAAUCUUGUGUGGGUUCUGUCAAGUGCUGCAGUGUGGGAUGAGUGUAGUGUGGUCACUACACUGGAUCUGUUUUGAGGCAUGCCAGCUGCAGGAACUGUGUGGAGGUAAGGCCUGAAGGUGUGUGCUAAAGCUGAUGGGUCAAACAACCCAGGUGUUUUGGGUGAGGCGAGAGCAGUUCUUCAAUGGAUUUCUUGGCAGCAAGUCUGAGACACUGAAGGCUGAUACAGUGUUCUAGGAGUCUGAACAUUUUUGAGCAAGAACUGGUCCUAGAGCCUCUCACUGGAAAGCUGUGGCUCCUCGCCCACCAGCACGGUGGGGAUCCCUCUGUCUGGCUACGGUGGCUCCUGCUUACUUUGCCCGGGCUUCUCCUAGCAGCUCUGCCUCUCUACCUCGGAGCCCCUGCUCUGACACCCCCCUUUCUUGGAGUGUUCUCCCGGGCUCGUGGUGCCCAAGGCCCGGCUCCUGCCUUCAUGUCUCUCCUGGAUGCCCACCCCUUGGGGCGGGGGGAGGAGGAGGGGAGCCAUGGUGUCCCCCGGCAGUUCUGCCCGGCCCGU